CUCCCAUAGAUUCUGGGACUCCAUACGAAAACAGUAGCUCUAUAUGCCAUCAGAAUCAUGAGCCAAGACUGAGAAUGAUUCAACCGCCUCCAGGAGCUUCCAGCUCAACAGCUGGUUCCUCUUCGAUGCCUCGUGAAGUUUUGGUCCAAAAGUCCCAAAAAUGGACUCAGCUACAGAACAGGAGAUAUGCAGAAAAGCGCAAGCAAGGGUUUAUCGACGUAGGCAAGCAGGAAUUGCCGCCAGAACAC